UCCAUCGUGUGGAAGAAGAAUAACUGCCAAACGGCAGGCAGGUUGUGUGCGUGUCACACAAUAGAUCUUCCUCUUGUCGAACUCAAACGACGCGCUGUGAAGCUUUUUGUGUGCGUUGUAUUUGCCUGCUCAACACAAUGUGUUGUGUCUUAAACAGCUAGGCUUCGUUGUGCGAGCAGCAUCUUCACUCACAACCGUGUGAGCUAACACAAGGCGCCGUUAGCUGGUCCUGUCUAGAUGCGCGUUCUUGUCUGUUCAACUGGAAGUCACCAGGAUGAGCGAAGAAGAUGCCUCACUCUCAAACAGCAAAGACUCGACCCUGCUGCUCACCAAAGACGGACAGCGAUACUACGUGAGCAAGAGCGGGGUGGUCGACAGCAGGAACGUGGUGACCCCUCACGAACCGGACACCGUGGCUUCAUACGACAUGGACGAGGCCGAUGAGGAGAGCGACGUUGUAGACGCUUCGGACGCCAGAGAUGGCACCGCCAGCCCGGAGGAGCUGAACGAUGAAGAGGUUUCCGAGGGCGACAACGCUCCCAAACAGUGCACUUACGAGGGCUGCACCGAGACCACGACCCAGGUGGCCAAGCAGAGGAAGCCCUGGAUGUGCAAGAAGCACCGCAACAAGAUGUACAAGGACAAGUAUAAGAAGAAAAAGAGCGACCAGGCCAUGUCCAGCGGGAAGCUCGAUGACAACUCAGAGGAGAGGCCAGUGUCUGUCAACAAGCAGCGGCUGGGUGCUGUGGGCGAGCGACCAGCGCGACCCUCCCUCAUAGAACAAGUCCUCAACCAAAAGAGAUUGUCGCUACUCAGAAGUCCAGCUGUCAUCAGCUUCCUGCAGCAGCAGCAGCAACUUUUGGCCACUCAGAGUCGCACACUGUCUCAGCAGCAGUUCCAGGGCUGCUGAGUGAACACCGCCGAUGACCAUCGUCUGGACUGGCUCGAUUCUGGCUUUCAGUUGCAUACCAGGCUCUGGGCUUGGAGGGCAAGCCCUCCUGCAUUCAGAACGGGACGCCUAGUUUUUCUCAGCAGGACGCCCUACAUGUCCGAUCGUUGGAGCCUGUAUAUCGCCCUACACACAGUGUCAACACACUGGCUUCCAAGAAGUGUCCACCAUUUCCUCCCUGUAAUUUCACACAAUAUGAUAGAAAUUUGCUGAUUCUCAAUCCUUUCGCAGUCGUAGCGCUAGGACUUUACUACUUGUGUGUGUGUGUGUAUAUGUAACGGAACCCUCCAGCCUCAACAGGUCUCCACUUCUUACGGGAAUGACUAAGAAUUUUUGAAGAAUUUGAAAUAGCAAUUUCAGAAUCACGUGUUUAUGCCCAACCCUACUGAUGUUAGUCUUUGGAUUUGGAAAUCCCUGUAUUUAUUUGACUUUUGCAGUAACCCUUCAGUGUGUUCUGAACACAGUGUCUGACAAUAAACCCUGUGGUAUGUGG